GGGGAGGGAGCCAGGCAGAGCUGAUCCCACGUGUGACGCUCGCAUUCCCGGCUCAGUAAUAUUCUCUUAGCUCUGACAGUGUGUGUGUUAGUUACUGGCCAUAGUUGGGUUAGCCAUGGAGGGAGACGGGAGCCAAGCCACAUCUGGAAGCCCUAACGAUUCGCAACACGACCCGGGUAAAAUGUUUAUCGGUGGCCUCAGCUGGCAAACUUCACCAGACAGCCUUAGAGACUAUUUUAGUAAAUUUGGAGAAAUCAGAGAAUGUAUGGUGAUGAGAGAUCCCACGACAAAACGCUCCAGGGGAUUUGGCUUCGUUACGUUUGCUGAUGCGGCCAGUGUAGAUAAGGUCCUAGCUCAACCUCACCACGAAUUAGACUCAAAGACGAUCGAUCCUAAAGUUGCCUUUCCAAGACGCGCUCAACCCAAGAUGGUCACAAGAACAAAGAAAAUAUUUGUAGGCGGAUUAUCAGCUAACACAGUAGUUGAAGAUGUGAAGCAGUAUUUUGAACAGUUUGGCAAGGUAGAAGAUGCUAUGCUUAUGUUUGAUAAAACUACAAAUAGACAUAGAGGAUUCGGCUUUGUAACUUUCGAGAACGAGGAUGUGGUGGAAAAGGUCUGCGAGAUUCAUUUUCACGAAAUCAAUAAUAAAAUGGUAGAAUGUAAGAAGGCCCAGCCGAAGGAAGUGAUGUUUCCUCCAGGGACGCGGGGGAGAGCUAGAGGUCUGCCCUACACCAUGGACGCCUUUAUGCUGGGAAUGGGCAUGCUGAGUUAUCCAAACAUUGUAGCAACGUAUGGCCGCGGAUACACUGGUUUCGCCCCAAGCUACAGCUACCAAUUCCCUGGCUUCCCGGCAACAGCGUACGGUCCCGUAGCGGCGGCGGCGGCAGUGGCGGCAGCGCGUGGCUCAGGUAGGGGGGCCCGUGGAAGAGGCGGCUACGCAGUAUACCCUCAGAGCACAGGGCCAGGCUUCCCCGAUUACGGUUUCUAUUCCUCGCCAAGCGACCAACGGGGGCCCCCCUUCUCCUUUGCGGACUAUGGCUCCCUGGGCCCCCAGGCGGCUCAGCUGCUGCAAAGCGAGCAUGCCACAUCAGCCUGCAACUCCCCUCUCCAGCACCUGGCCAGCCCGGAUCAAUAUAAGAGCCCAGGCACCAACCCGCCCCGGCCUGGAGCCUUUCCUGGAGCCAGCAGCCCCGGGCCAGUGGCUGACCUGUACGGCCCCACCAGCCAGGACUCCGGCGUGGGCAACUACAUUAGCGCUGCUAGUCCCCAGCCCGGCUCCGGCUUCGGACACAGCAUUGCUGGUCCUUUGAUUGCGACAGCUUUUACAAAUGGAUACCAUUGAAACCUAACAGGUGGUUGGUUGCCAUCUCAUUUGAGCAGAGUUUAUCAGGAGGCCCGGGGAAGACUGGCCGGAGUUUCUAAUUGGUUCUGUGUACAGGUAAAGGCCAUUAAACUUCAAGCACUACAGCGCUGAACGGGAAUCUAAAGCUGAGAUGGCGCCACACGAAGAACAAACCCAAACGUCAGAAUCAUCUCAGCAAGAAGAAGAAAAAAAAAACAACGAAAAAAACAAAACAAAACAAAUCUGCUGUACUAUACUGAAAACCUGGCUUUUGAAUAUUUUAUCCUAGUGUAGCCCUGACCUUGACUUAGGAUUUUACUUUUCCUUUAUUGUCUUUCCUUUUAGUCAUCUUUAAUUGUGUACACGUUUUUGUUGAGUUUCUAGAUGUUCUUCAUUGUUCUUGAAAGCUCUCUGAUGAGAGCGACUAUGUAAACAUAAACUAAUGUCUUUUUUUUUUUUUUUUUUGAGGUAGUAAUAUUCCAGUUUCAUUUCACAGUCCUCGUCUAUCGCGUUUUCAGGUUUCAUUUCAUUCGAGCAAGAAAUCGGAUCGAGAUGACUCGGACAUUUUUAAUUCAAGCCUAAACCGCAAUGAGUGGGUAACUCAAAAAAAAAAAAAAUCUUAGUAGCUCUGUUCUAUGUUUAUUGUGAUGUCUUGUUAACCAUGAUUACCUAUUUUGGGCAAUAAGAGGACUACAAUAUUUUCACAGUCCUUUUUUAUAAAUGUCAUUUUUGUUGUCGAUGAGAUGAAAAAAAAAGAGAAAAAGCUUUCCUUUUAAUACUUUGUGAAAUGAGAUUUAAAAAGAAAAGAAUUCUGAAACUGUAAAUAUUAUUCUGUUCACUGCAUCAAACUGUUUCUGAGAGAGAACCAUAUUUUUGUGACGGUGUCAUAGAGGUUGUAUCGUGCGCAAGACGCAAAAAUAUCUUCGAGGCUCAAUGCAGUAACCGAGGUCCAUCUGUAGCACAAAGGCCGUGAUUUACCCCAGUACGGACGAAACUCGAUCCAACACGCUUUGUAAAUACCGUCGGCUUUCCAACUGUGCAGGUGUGUCCGACCAGCAUACGGAUUAGAUAGUACGUUAAGAUGUGCACAGCUUACAAAGACAAUAUAGAGAAAUCACCACAAAAUCCAAAGCACACAUCAAGAGUUAUGAUUUCAAACCGUGUCGAGACAUUUCAACCUUCAUUUGGUGUCCUAGUGUGGGCUUCUUUUUCCCGUGCGCCGAACGAUUCGAAUAUUUAUCAUCACCGAGGCAAUAUGAAAUUGCUCUACGAUUAGGAAAACCAAGUCUUUUAUACCAUUACCUCAGUCCUGUGAGAAUUACUUUAAAGGAGAUUGCAAAUUAACUUAUUUUAGCCUGAGACAGAUAUUGAAAAAGAUAUUAAAGUGUUGUUUUGAAAUUAAGUAAAUCAUUGCACUGUGAGAGAGAAUUUAUCAUUUUCUAUUUGCACAUGUCAACUGACAGUCUCUAACAUGGGUCAUGUGAAGGACCGCUGUGGAAAGCCUUUCCUUCCACACAGGAUAACACUUACAAAUCUGGAGUCUUGGCUUGCGUUGAUUUGAAGACUGUACUUUUAAAUGAUCUCUUUCCAGGGAUUUUAUUCUAGAAUAACAGAGAUGACAGAUGAGUUUAUUGGUAGCAAUAGUUCAUUUCCUCAGAAACACUGAAACUGAUUGAAACCAGUAGCUGCUACACACAUUUGUUGUACAUGUGGGGACUGGAUUUGAUGAGACACAAAUGGCAUUUAGAAAUAUGAAUUGACUGAUGUAUGCUGUUUGUUUUUUUCGAUCUUGUUGAAAAUGUUUUAUUUUUCUUUUAUUUAUUUUUGGGGGUUUUCUUUUUGGUUUUUCCGUUUCUGUUCAUUUCACUGAACUAACAGGUGAGGCAGAAUGCUGGAAGACGCGAUAAAGUCAUAUGAGUUUUAAAAGACAAGGAGAACUUUGUGCUAACUGUUUGAGCUGUUUCAAAAAAGACAAACGUGCAAGAAAAAAAAAAGAAAAAAAAGAAAAGAAAAUGAUCCCGAACUUCUUUUCAAUUUAAAUAGGGAUGGAUUUUUAUCAAUAUUUUUGUGGAUGUUAAUGAUUAUACUAAAUAUAACAAUGACAAUAAUACAGAUAUUAUGUACUGUAUUUAUCAAUUGUUUCUCUUCAUUCCCUGUCACCCCAUUCAGUAAUCUUAUGUUGAUCAUUGUAUUUUAGUAGUGUGUAAAAAAAAAAAAAAAAAAAAAAAAAAAAAAAAAGUACAGGAAUAUGACUUUACCUUGUAAAAGAGUGCUGUCUUGAUGCCAGUGUAGUGGUCUAUACACUUCUUGGUUAGUAUUUUUCACAUUUCCCCUCCCCCAUCACUCUCCUUUUGUCGUUUUUUCCCCUUUCUCUAUAUCUCACACUCUCUCUUUAGUGAGUAGUCGUAGGUGUUAUGUACUUAAUGUUAAGAUGUAGACGUAUUCAUUAGCAAUUGUAGGACCAGUAAGGAUAGAACUUUCUCUUUAUAAUCAUUUAAAGACAAAAGACAAAAAAUGCUGAGCGUUCUUUUCAUAGUAAUUUUCCUUUCUUUUUUUCUUUCUUUCUUUUUGGUUCUCCUUUUUUUUUUUUUUUUGUUCCACUGUUUUGCUGGUCUCACAUGGUUUCAACUAACCAAAGCUCUCACUGAUGAAAUCUAGGAGAAAGAAAUUGCUGUACGACUGAAUUGUAAUCAAGGCAUUAAUUGGAUCCCCACCCUUGAAUGUUUUAAAAGGGGUGUGUGCCAUACUACCUUAAAUGCUAACGCUAGAUAUGCAAAACCGUUUUCACUUUCAUUCUUUUUUAAGGGGGAUGCAAGCUAUAAUUAUAUUUUUUUAGUCAGUUCUAACACAGUAAUGAUGAUGAUAUAUCGUAAUCAUUAUAGAUCAAACGAAUAGGUUUUGAUGUUUCUACUCUUCAAAAAAUAUCCCAGUGGCAUAUGGCGCUACUUUUUUUUAAAAAUCUUUUUUUUUUUUUUUUUAUCGUGUCUGCUUAGAUAGUCAUGUGGGACAUACGACAUGAUUUUUUUUCAUUGCCAGCUUUUCAUUUUAAUUCAACAUCUACAUUCGGUAGCAGACAGCGUCAUUGUCUGUUCUGACGUCAUACGAAUUCUCUUGACUUGAGUGUGAAUCCAGUGUCACACUGAAUCUGUAUUCCUGAAUCACAUCUCUUCUCAGGGAUAUCAAACAUGAGCCAAUGUUUUGUCAAUUUUUGUAACACUAGCGGGUUAUGAUCAGUAAAUAGCACAACUUUUAAUGAAAGGUGUCUAAUCCAAGUAAUUCAAUAUAUUCGAGCUAAAUUUAAAGGUGCUGUCGUCGGGAUGACUCUCUCUUUUUUUAACUGUAACAUCUUAGUUGGAUGUCUCUUAAAAAGUUGAGUAUCCAGCAUCCAUUUAGGUCUUGAUGCUCGUAUAGAUUUAGAAACAGCUGAAGGCAAACGUUUAACGGCAGAUGAAGUACGUUUCCCUUUUGCUGUCAAAUAAGAGUGUGACUGAAAGCUGAUUAAAAUGAAGGCUGGCAAUCUUUUCCUUUUGCGUCGGUUAGCUUAGCUUAUUUUUUUCCCCGUAAUUUGAUCUCGUAGCUUGGACUUUAAGGUAGCAUGGCUCUGUUGCCACCAUUUUGUUUUCCAUGGACAGCAGUUUACAGCGGAUGAAUGUUACACAUCUUGCUAGACUAGUUAAAUCAUUGGAAAAUUGUUGGUUUAAAAAAAAAAAAAAAAAAGAAAACGAAAAAAGAAAAUGACCUGGAAGGUGUCGAGUGGUUUUGGGAGUGAACUACCGUAUCCAUUUAAACUUGAAUUUUGCGGCAAGUGCUAGGCAAUGGCCAAAACGAUCAUCCCACUAAUAAAGCAGCGAAACGUCCUACACUGUAAUGUCUGAUGUACAGUAUACUUGUAUCCAUAUACAAGAUAUAUAUGUAAAGUGUAUAUAUCUCUUUGUUAAAUUCAUCAUCGUCAUCAUCAUCGUAGGGAAACUGAUGCUAGUUCACACGCUGUUUGUUUCACUGGCUGUGUGUUGUGUAAGAGCUGCAGCAGUAGUAGUUUAGCUGCAGAAUGUGUCGCGUAAACCUGACGAGGACGCGUAGCUCAAUGGGGACGGUACGGUCAAUGUGGUGUCAUUAGAGGUGGAGGGUUUUAUUUUUGCCACGUCCUUUGGGAACUCCGUCUCCCAUUUUCUCCUGCAUGAGGUUCAGGCCUCGCUGAUUGCCUUGCCCAUUCCUAACACUUGCCCAUUUUUUAAUGUUAACGGACUUUUUACCGUGAGAACUGACUGAACGGACUGACGUCUGAAAGCAUCUUUCAGGUCUUCUUGUAUGGCUUGCUCAAGCCCUGUUGUAAAAUAAACUAAAGUGGAUGGGGGUCUCUCACAUCUCAGAUGUGGAAAGUAUAAUUUUAUAUUUGUAUUUUCAAAUAAUAAUGAUAAUAAUAAUAAAAAAUGUUUGUGAAAGGUUUCCAUCCUCUACUGUGGUCCAGAAAUCAAUGUGUUUGUCUGGAAAAGAUUAAAAAAAAAAUAAAAAUAAAUAAAAGAGUUUUGAACCAUUUCACUCAUGGUUUUUAUUUUCAACUUUUUUCAAGCAAUCGAUUUGUGAUUUGAAAGGAAAUGAAUAUACCCUGCAAAAGAUUGUAUGCCAGAACAUGCACAACAAUUAAAAUGCACAAAGUUCUUGUGUAA